AUGUACCCUCUGUACGCUCUGAGCCUUGGUCUCCUUACUCAAGUGGGCCUGGCGUCUGCCUUGAUAGUCAGUACGCGCGACGAUGUUGCCGUGGCGAAGACCAGAAACGGUACUUAUUAUGGUGACUACUUCCAAGGUAUCCCAUACGCGAAGCCUCCGGUAGGCGAUCUGCGCUUCCGUGAUCCCCAGUCAUUGGACACUACAUGGACCGGGCCAAAGAAUGCCACCUACCCUUCAAAUGUGUCGAGCACCAAGCGCCUCCCGGUUGCCGUUUAUAUCCAUGGAGGCCUCUUCAAGCAUGGCUCGGGCCGUGAUCCUCAAUACAACAUGACAUCGCUUCUCCAGGAAGGUGUCGCAAACCUUGGUCUGAAGGAUCAGCGCUUGGCUCUGCGCUGGAUUCAAGACAACAUCGAGGCUUUCGGAGGUAACCCUACUAAGGUUACUAUCUGGGGUCAAGAGGCUGGAGCAUACAGUGUCGGUCUACAGCUCCUCGCGUACGGCGGCCGAGACGAUGGGCUUUUCCGUGCCGCCGUUGCGCAGAGUGGUAGUCCGACACUAAUGUGGCCAUCAGUCACAGCGGACGAGUGGCAGCCUCUCUAUAACGAUGAUCUUACCACAUUGAACCGCCCUAACCCGGUAGUCGAUGGUGACUUCCUCCGCGAGCUUGGCUCAACCGCUUUAAAGGCCGGCAAAUUUGUCAAGGUUCCGCUGAUGCUCGGCACCACCCAAGAUGAAGGAACUUGGAACUAUUACGGUACUGCGCAGGCCAUCGCACGCCUCUAUCCCGAUGAUCCAGCCCAGGGCAUCCCAUCAACUCUGAAUGGACAACCGAGCAGUAACACUGGGUUGGGACUUCAAUGGAAACGAUCCAGCGCAUACAACGGAGACAAAGUUAUGCAGGCUGGCCGUCGACUAGCUAGUGAAGCGUGGGCUCGGCAUGGGGUCGACGCCUAUGCGUAUGUCUACGAUGUUUUGUUCCAUGCUAAGUGGUGGGAGCAAGGUGCGCAGGAGCAGGACGAUAUCGCAUUCUUCUUCCACAACGUCACACUGUCCAAGUCGCUCAGCCCCACCGAUCAGGCCGAUCAGAAGAAGACUUUCGAGCCACUCAUUUAUUUGAUGACGAGUAUGCUGAUCAGUUUCAUCGACACUCUUAGUCCCAACAACGUUCCACUCAAUGGAACCGUGCCAUGGCCCAAAUACAAACUGAGCAAUCCGGAAACGAUUGUGUUUGAUGUCAACGCAACCGAGCUUUGCCGGGUUCAGAAGGACGAUUUCCGCAGCGAAGCCAUUACACACUGGAUGAAUAUCUUCUCCACCAAGGAGUAUCCGAAAUAA